AAGUCUACAUUUCUUUGCCGUCCUUUUUAUUCAGGUAAAAGCUUCUCUCUCACGAUCACUGUGUUCACAAGCCCCCCUCAGGUCGCCACGUAUCACAGGGCCAUAAAAGUGACAGUGGAUGGGCCAAGAGAGCCAAGACGCCACCGGCAGAAACUGGAAGAACAGCAGAAGCCCACGCUGUUCUCAGACAGGCUCAGCGAGCUGGAGCGAUACCAGAGGACAGCCAUGCGAGUCGGACCCAGCAACACCAACCCCAGACCCUCCCUCAACCCUGCGGGCCACUACAGCGCUCAGGCACAGUCCCAGAUACAAGCUCUGUGGACUGAACAAACUGACACCCCCAGUUUACCUUUAAAAACAUGCAAGGUGGAGGAUGAUCUAAGAUGGUCAGCCGGGACCACCGACCUCUUUUCCAGCCCCCGGCAGUUCGACCGGCAGUUCCCCUCAUUGUCGUCCCUGGCGGACCCCCGUUUCUCGGACCCUCGCAUGCACUAUCCCGGGGCCUUCACCUACUCGGCGAGCCCCGCCAGCACUGGCAUCGGGGGCAUCAGCAUGACGGGCAUGGCGGCCAGUUCCCGCUACCACACCUACCUGCCGCCACCCUACCCCGGGUCCCCCCAGAACCAGAGUGGACCGUUCCAAACCAACUCCUCCCCCUACCACCUGUACUACGGCACAGGAUCAGGAUCU